AUGGCACCAGAGGAACGCCCAAAGCCGAGGUUCCGCAAGAUCCAGAGCUUCGAAACCGAGUACGCGCCCUGCACCAUCAGCCAGUAUGUCUCGGAGCGCAGCGGCAUGCAGGUCAUCGUGGCCGAUCGCCAGGGUCCCAAGGUCAACGGCUACUUCACACUCGCGACCGAGAUUCUCGAUGACUCGGGCGCCCCUCACACGCUGGAGCACCUCGUCUUCAUGGGCUCCAAGAAUUACCGCUACAAGGGCCUCCUCGACAAGAUUUCCUCGAGGGCCUACUCUGGCACCAACGCCUGGACUGCCACUGACCACACGGCCUACACGCUCGAGAGUGCCGGAUGGGAGGGCUUUGCGCAGAUCCUGCCCGUGUACCUCGAGCACGUCAUUGUGCCCGUCAUCACCGAUGAGGCCUGCACCACCGAGGUUCACCACAUUGACGGCGAGGGCAAUGAUGCGGGUGUCGUCUACUCUGAGAUGCAGGCGAUUCAGUACAAGAGCGCAGAGAUUGUCGACCUCGCCGCCAAGCGUCAGCUGUACCCCGAGAAUGUCGGUUUCCGAUACGAGACCGGCGGUAUGACGGACGCUCUACGCAACUUGACCACCGACCGGAUCAGGGAAUUUCAUCGGGAGAUGUACCAGCCCCGCAAUCUGGCUGUUGUCAUUGUGGGCGAGACCGAUCACGACAACCUUCUCCAGAUUCUCGAUGACUUUGAAGAAAGUAUCAAGGAUGACCUUCCCCCCCUCGAUGCUCCUUUCAAGAGGCCCUGGAUCGACUCUGAGCAGCCUCCUGCGCUCACCGAGACCAAGGUGUCCACUGCCGAGUUCCCCGAGGCCGACGAGUCGGUUGGCGAGGUGGUGGUUGGCUGGUUCGGGCCUAACUGCACUGACCCUUUGGCCACUUCUGCGCUCAACGUUCUGCAAACCUACCUGUGUGGCUCGUCGGUCUCCAUUCUCGAGAACGUCUUGGUCGAGAAGGAAGAACUCGCCAGCUCUGUGGCUUGCUACUGGGAGUCCAGACCCAAGUCCGUCAUUUGGUUCCAGCCUACGAGUGUCGCCACGGAGAAGCUCGAAUUCGUCUACAAGAGGCUGAUUGAGCUCUUCAAGGAGGUGGCCUCCAAGCCCCUCGACAUGGAGUACAUGAAGUCGUGUGUCCAGCGCGAGCGCCGACAGGUCAAGUUCCAGGCCGAGUCCUCCGAGAGCUUCUUCUCGAGCAACAUCAUCACCGACUAUCUCUUCGGCAAGCGUGAUGGCUCGACACUUCUUGACAUGAAGAGCCUAGACGAGUACGACAACCUCGAGAAGUGGACCGACGAGCAGUGGAGGGAUUUCCUGAGGAAGUGGAUCUCGGAUGCUCACCACAUUGCUAUCCUCGCAAAACCGUCCAUGGCUCUGGCUGAGAAGUACAAGACGGAGGAGGAGGAAAGACUCGCGAAGAGAAAGGCGGAGCUUGGUCCUGAGGGACUGGCCAAGCUCGCCGAAAAGCUGGAGGCGGCAAAGAAGAAGAACGACAUGCCCAUCCCGCCCGAGGUCGUCGACCGUUGGUCCGUACCCAGCACCGAUUCUAUCCACUUCAUCGAAUCCGAAACGGCCAAGUCUGGAAAGGCCCGAAGCCUGGGAGUCUUUGAGAAUAAGGCGCAGAAGGUCAUCGAUGCCGCGACCGACGGCAAGGACCCUCUCUUCAUCCAGUUUGAAAGCGUGCCCUCCAACUUUGUGCACAUCAGUCUCUACUUGGGCACCGCCCAGGUUCCCACCGAAGUGAAGCCUCUGUUGCCCAUCUUUGCCGACAACUUCUUCAACACGCCCAUUGAGCGCGACGGCAAGCAGGUUGACUUUGAGCAGAUCGUCAUGGAACUCGAGGAGGAAACCAUCAGCUACGGCAUUCGGUCUGCGAAGGACAUGGGUGACCCGGACAGCAUCACCAUUCAGUUCCAGAUUGAGCCCGAAAAAUACGCCAGCAUCAUCAGCUGGAUCCGCACUAUGAUGUUCGACAGCGUCUUUGACGUGCAGAGGCUCAAGGCUGGCGUGCAGAAGCAGCUGGCUGACAUCCCCGAGCUCAAGCGUGACGGCCGCUCCAUGUCCACUGAGAUCAACAUGGCCUACCAUCUGAAGAAGGAGUCCUAUGCCGUCUCGAAGCGAGCCUUGGUCCGCGCCGUCUACUUGCGCCGAGUCAAGAAGCUCCUCGAGAGCGAUCCCGAAUUGGUUGUUUCCUGGUUCGAGAAGAUCCGCAAGUCUCUCUUCCAAUUUAACAACACGCGCAUCCUCGUCACCGCAGAUGUGAAUAAGCUCGAGAACCCGGUCGCUGCGUGGGACGUCCUGAGCAGCGCUCUGCAACCCGCAGGCGAGCUUCUUCCGGUUCUCAAGGCGCACAGCCAUCUCACCGAAGAGGGAGAGAACCCGGGCUCCGUCGGCGCCGUCAUCGUCCCCAUGACGACAGUUGAUGGUUCGUACAGCGUGAGCACCUCCAAGGGCAUCAUCUCCUUUGAAGACCCGCGCCUCCCCGCCAUUCUCGUCGCCAUCGGCUAUCUCGAGGCGGUCGAGGGCCCGCUCUGGUGCGCAGUCCGCGGCCAGGGCAUGGCCUACGGCGUCUUCUUCAACCGCGACGUCGACAGCGGCAUGAUCCAGUUCCGCGUCUACCGCUCGCCCGACGUCUCCAAGGCCAUCGCCGCCGCCCGUGAGACGGUCCGCAAGAUCGCCGAGGGCGAGGAGCCCAUUGAUCGCCACCUCAAGGAGGGCGCCAUCAGCCAGAUUGUCGUGCACUUUGCCGACGAGCAGUCGACCAUGGCCUCUGCCGCGAGCCAGAACUUUGUGCUCGGCGUCGUGCGCGGCGUGCCUCUGGACUGGCACAAGAAGAUCAUGAAGAGCGUGCGGGAUGUCACUGAUGAGCAGAUCAAGGAUGUCUUGAACGACCUCAUCAUGCCCGUGUUUGCGCCGGGGAAGAGCAACGUCAUUGUCACAUGCGCACCGAUUCUGGAAGAGAAUAUCGAGAAGGCUCUCAAGGAGACGGGCUACAAGACACAGGUGCAGCAGCUGGCGUACUUCCACGACGACUAUGGUCUGAAGCCUCAGGAUGGCGAAGAGGAAGAGGAAGAAUCGGAAGAGGAGGAUGGGGAGGAGGGCGACUACACGGAUGAUAGUGAUGAUGAGUCGGACUGA